AUGAAAGUAGCAGAUUUGUUAAAUGGAAAAUUAUGGACUAUUCCUGAAGAAUUACAACAUUAUUUGACUGCUGCAAGAUUGCCUGAAGUUAGUGGAGGCUCAGAUUUGUUGGUGUGGAGCAGUGACAUAAGAGGUAAAUUCUCAACUUCUGUAGCUGUUGAAAAAUUAAGAUUGAGAGAACCAUGGAUACAUUGGCCUACUUUCAUAUGGAAACAUUUCCUGCAUCCAGGUAUUGCCAGUAAUAUUUGGAAGUUACAACAAAAAAAUUAUGUUGAUGAUAUGGUUACGAGGAAUCAAGGAUAUGAACUGGCAUCUAAAUGUUGUAUUUGUGGUGAGGAUCAGAACAAUAUGGAUCAUACACUAUUGCAUUGCAAGUUCACCCUAAAAAUAUGGUCUUGGAUGGGUUCUGUUUUUGAAUUUAGAAAUCCAAAAUCCUUUGAUGAUGGAUGUAAAGCUGGUCAACAUAAAAGUCCUUUGAUAAAAGAAAUUUGGAUGACUGCAGCCUGUGCAACAAUGAAGGAACUAUGGUUUCAAAAAGAAUAG